UCGAUGUUCUGGAUCUACUCUAAUGCUCUCACAAAUAUACAGCGUCUAGAAGCAUACAAGCGUGAGACCAACGCGCACAAUCUUCGCAGGAGGGUCCGAUAGAGUUCAAGCUAUAUUGGCAUACCUCCAUGGAGGACUACGUUGGACGGCGAGAAACAUCGCGCCAAAGUUGGUUGCUAUUAUUCUCACAACCAAUGGUCGUUGUCCUUGACUUGGCCGCUGGUUUCCCGCCGUGUCUGGAAAAGGAAAGCAGGGCAUAUUCUUACGAAUCCGAGUCUAAUCAUGGCUCUUGCCUUGCCCGUGGCAAUCUAACCUCCUUGGGACUUCUCGGCUGUAGUGCUACACUAACUAGUGGACGUCAUUCCCGCAAGAACGGAAAUGCUCCUUGCGUCGUCAAUGAAGACGCUCUUGAAGUGAAGUAUGCUCGACCCCAAGACGGGAAUCGCGCUUCUCCGCAAGAGAAUCCCAGCGUGGAGCGACAGUCCUCAAGUAUCAACGAAAGGCGCUGUGGUGCUGCAAAAUCACCACUCAGCACCACUCUCCUCUUCCAUCUCCCUUCAAGGGAGCGCCUUUAAGCAUGCUUGGUAGUGGGAUGAACUCUCGCAAUA